GGACUGUAAAUUUACUGUACUCCCAUUGCCAGCCCAAUCGUGAUUUUGUUUUCAGCUGCGUCUCGUAACCCAGCGAGCGAGAAAGAGAGAGAUGACGACGAUACGCAGAUUUUGCUGCAACGAUCUUCUCCGAUUCGCUUCUGUGAAUCUAGACCACCUAACUGAAACCUUCAACAUGUCCUUCUAUAUGACCUAUUUAGCAAGAUGGCCCGACUAUUUCCAUGUCGCCGAAGGCCCCGGAAGCCGAGUCAUGGGUUACAUUAUGGGAAAAGUUGAAGGGCAAGGUGAGUCUUGGCAUGGUCACGUUACUGCCGUAAGUGUUGCUCCAGAAUAUCGAAGGCAGCAAUUAGCUAAGAAACUGAUGAACCUGCUAGAAGAAAUCAGUGACAAGAUUGACAAGGCUUACUUUGUGGAUCUUUUUGUAAGAGCAUCAAACACACCAGCAAUAAAGAUGUAUGAAAAGCUUGGGUAUGUAAUCUAUAGACGGGUGCUGCGCUAUUAUUCCGGGGAGGAAGACGGGUUGGAUAUGAGGAAAGCAUUAUCUCGGGAUGUCGAGAAAAAGUCCAUCAUCCCCCUUAAGCGACCGAUUACUCCCGAUGAAUUAGAGUGUAUGGUAGAUAGAUUUGGAUGGUGCAACCAUUCGUCCUAUCAACUGGUUACUUCUUGUGUUUUCUACCUCUUUCUUUCUCUGCUUAUUCUUGUUCUUCUUCGUUAUAAUAUUUCGUUAUAAUAUAAUGUAAUUAUGAAGAGUAAAUAUCUUUAGAAGAGUAUUAUACGAUUAAUUCAACGACUAAAACAGUCGUAUAAUAGUCUACAAAAUAGCAUUACUCAAUUAUAA